GGCGACCUGGACGCCAUGGUGCUAGAGAUACCGUACCAGGACCCGAGCAAGACCAUGGUGGUGUUCUUGCCCAGCAUGGAGCGCUUGGCGACGUUCGAGCACAGCUUGACGCCGGCAAAGCUGCUACGAUGCCUGGCCAAUCUGCAGGAGCGAGAGGUCGAGGUGCCGCUCACGAGCGAGCCUCCGAGCACCACCAGGCCGACUCCGGCUACCACCAGGGCAACACCGGAGCCGGUCAGGUUCACCGUUGACCGGCCCUUCAUGUUCCUGGUGAUGAACAAAGACCCUGACGCGGUGCUGGUCCUCGGGUCUGUCAAGAGGGUCUCAUCUAGGAAGACCAAGGUUCCGCCCAUUAACUGACAGCACCCUGCCGUUGUAGUGGCCCUUUUAUGGCGUUCGAC